CUCCUUAUCACUAUCACCUCACGUGCUCGCUUUUUAAAAAUUUUUCCUGAUCCUAAUUUUCAUUUUUACAUUAAAAUAAAAAUUACAGUAAAGUUUAGUUACAAAUUUCUUUAUCGAAAUGUGUUCACUGUUCAAUUAGCUCUAAAGAAAUACUCGAUCAGCUCGAAAUUGCGAACAUGGUUCAAGAAAAAGGCAGUCGUUUAGUCUUCAAAGGAAGCAAUUAUUUUCGUCAACGUAUAGCUUUAUCUAUUCUAAGCGGUAGACCAAUUGAAAUUACCGAUAUUAGAGCUCAAUCCGAAGAACCCGGUUUAAAAGAACAUGAAGUCAAUCUGCUUCGUUUAGUUGAUAAAAUGACCAACGGAAUGGUCAUAGAUAUCAACGAAAUCGGUACCAAGUUAUUUUUUCAGCCAGGAUUGCUCACAGGAGGUAUCGUCGAUCACGAAUGCUGUAAAGAAAGAGGAAUUGGAUACUAUUUAGAAGUUAUAUUUAUACUGGCUCCAUUUUUUAAAAAGGGAUUACAAAUUACACUGAGAGGUGUAACUAAUCACGAGAAAGAUCCUCCAGUCGAUGCAUUUAAACACGCAGCUAUCCCAAUUCUCAAACAAUUUAUGUAUAUACCGGAUGAGAUCGAAUUCAACAUCAAGAAGAGAGGUGUUCAGCCCAAUGGUGGAGGUGAAAUAUACUUCAACUGUCCUAAUAUCAAGAAAUUAAAAGCCGUUCAAGUAAUGGAUUAUGGAAAAAUCAGACGAAUACGUGGUACAGUGUUUUCGUUACGUGUUUCACCUUCCAUUUCUAAUCGUAUGGUGGAAAAAGCUAAAGGAGCUUUUUUAAAAUUUAUUCCCGAUGUUUACCUUAGUGUGGAUCACAUGACUGGUCAAAGAGCUGGUAAAAGUCCAGGAUUCGGAGCAUGUUUAUAUUCGGAAACUACCAGCGGUGUUUUUAUGACAUCUGAUGUUGUAUCAACUCCGGGCCAAGGUGUGAAAACCGUCCCCGAAGAGUUGGCUGAAAAAGGCGCGUUUCUUUUACUGGAGGAAAUAUGUCGAGGAGGAUGUAUCGAUUCGUCGUUUCAAAGUUUAGCUUGUACUUAUAUGGCUCUUCAGGCUAAAGAUUUAUCUCAGUAUUUAUUCGGACCUCUAUCUCCGUAUACAGUGCAGUUUUUACGACACUUGAAGGACUUUUUCGGAGUUGUAUUUAAACUUGAACCGUAUUCGAAUCCUGACGAAGAUGUUGUCAAACAUGCGGUGACUAAAGUGAAGGUUACUUGUAUGGGAAUAGGUUAUAGUAAAUUGAUUUAAUUUAUUGAUGUGCGAAUGUUUUUAUUAAAUGUUAUUUUUUGAUA